AUGAGCGUGCAAGAGCCACGAGUCAGCCAACUUUUAGCUUCGAUAAAAUGUCAAGGUUGUGGACAAACAGUCGAUUUUAAUUUGCUCGAUCAGCAUACAUGUAAGGCGGCGCCUGCUGUUCCUGCAUUACCUGCCAUGUAUCAAAAUAGUAAUAAAAACAUAUCUACACAACAAGACAACUCUUACAACAAAAAUCUACCAAAUCAAUAUGGGCGUCAAAUACCACGUUCACAAAAUGGUUCAUUUGAUAAUAGUAAUAUUUCACCCACAGACUCGGGUUAUUCGAGUUCAACGCAUAAUUCAACCGCGACUAAUUUUAAUCACAAUAAUAAAUACGUGAACCCCAUGCCAAAUUCAAACCAACCACCAACCACAACAUCAACUGGAGGAGACCAAUAUCGUGGACAUAAACAACAAGAUAAAUAUCCUGCUAGAAAACAGACAGGGCCUUUUGAUCGUGAUCAACAACGAUCACCAUUCGAAGAAAAUUUACGACAUAAUAGUGAUGAUCCUUAUGGACUAGUCAAAACGUUGCAUCAGCAACCAUCACAAUUUGAUAAAUAUAAUAACCAUCUCCAUACUAAUAACGAUUAUCAUCAUAAUCGUAAGCCUAGUUACGAUGAUAGGAGUAGAUCGCCUGUUCCAUAUGAUAAUGGUAAUAACAAUAGAUUUCCGCCAUCACCCACCAACCAAUCGUAUGAUAUUCGAAGUGAUCAGCAAAAUCAUGCACGUAAAUAUUCUCAAGAUAGAAAAAUCAAUAAUCCAAUACAACAACAGCAGCCGCCAGUCCCUCCGUUACCAUCAGCAAUGUCCAAUUCUGGAUCUGGAUAUGAUAAUUCUAGAUCACAACAUAAUUUCCGUAACCCUUCUUCUGAUCAAAAUAAUUACGGAUUGACGAUGCCAGGAGUAGGGAUGGCUCGUUUUCAUCUCAGAAUUCAAAUUCCAAUAACAAUUUUUCUGGUAGGUCCAGGAAUUUUACCACAAGGAAAUGAUAAUUUAAAAAUGAAUGGUGCCG